AUGGAACCAAUUGAAGAAUCGAAAGAUACGAAAAAAAGUGGAAAAGGGAAUAGUGAGAAAAGAAAGUUGGAGGCAAACAAAGAAUUGGAGCGAGAAAGGACUAAAAAUUUGCAGAAUAGUGAUAUGCCGAAAACUGAUAAAGGAGAGACACAUAUUGAAUCGAGUAAAGGGGUUUAUGAGGUGAGUGGGGAAUAUGAACCGGGAAUAAGUAAUAUAGGACUCGCAAACAUUGGAAUAAAUUCGUGUUUUUCAGAUAAAAGAUCAACUUGGUCAAGGUUCUUUUGGUGCAGUUUUUAUGGUGAAACGAGAAAGCGAUCGAAAACAUUUUGCAAUGAAAUGUGAAUCGAUUCACGUCAAAAAGCAGAUUCUUGCACACGAAGCUCGUGUUCUUAUUGCCCUAAACAUGCUGAAUUCGGUGCAUUUCGCUGAACUUGUUGAUCUCGGAAAACUCAAAAACCGUUUCGCAUUCAUUGUCCUGAAAUUGGUUGGAAUGAACCUGUGGGAUAUUCGAAUACGCCUUCCAAAUCGGAAAUAUACUCUGAACACAGCUCUCAAAAUUGGCGAGCAAACACUUGAGGGAAUUAGAGAUUUGCAUCGGGUUGGAUUUUUGCAUCGCGAUAUCAAACCGCCGAAUUUUGCGAUUGGAAGAGAGGAGGAUUCGACACAUCAUAUUAUUUAUGUGCUGGAUUUUGGGUUGAGUCGCAAAAUUUGUUCGAAGGGAGUUGAUUUGAGAUCGCCGAGGACAACUUGUGCAUUUCGGGGAACUACGAGAUAUGCGGCAUUGGCAGCACAUGAUAUGGUCAGUUUUUUUUUUGAAUGGCUGAAGUGUUUGGAAGUUUUCGAAACAAAAACUUACAAAAAUCCAUUUUCCAGAGAGAACAAUCGCGAAAAGAUGACAUCGAAUCAUGGUGGUAUAUGUUUGCCGAAGGAAUCGUUUCUGAUCUUCCUUGGAAAACAUUCAAAGGAACAGAUCGAGAUGGUGUAAAAGCGGAAAAGAAGAAACUUCGAGACGAUAAAAAUGCAAUGAAAAAUUUGUUCACAAAUUUCGGAUGUUAUGAUCAAAUGUCAGCAAUUUUAACAUAUUUGGACAGUUUGAGCUAUCAAAAUAUUCCGGAUUAUGAUUAUGUUUAUAAUCAAAUCAUAUCAGCUGCUCAAGCUAAUGGAUGUUCGGAUAAUAAGAGUGUUGAUUGGGAUAAAUCUGUGGAUUAUAAAGGGCCAAAGUAUAAAACUGGAGAAGCUUAUAUUGUCAAACAGUUGCAAUAA